AUGCCUUUGAUGGGAAGGCUGCGCUUCAAGGCCAAGUCGCAGCCGCUGCUUGUUCGGCUUCUCUUGUAUGCCAUCCUGGUCGCCGCCGGCGCGGGCGUGCUUUAUCUUAGUGUCGCGUAUGUGGCGAUUCCACUCUUGAUCGUGCUCUCGCCGACACUCCAUCCCACGCUGUACGAGCUGGGCCUCUAUGGCGGCUCGCCCUCGCAGACGUACAUAUCCAACGGCCUGAGCUCGCCGCGCAUCAGCACCAGGAAGUCCGACCCGCAAUGCGACAAGGCCUACACGUUUCUGAAUUUCAAUGGCGCGUCCAUGGCACGCUCCGGGCCGGCCAUCCUCGAUCCCGACAAUGAGCUCGUGUGGAAGCUGGAGACCGAGGGCACGACCACGAACCUGAAAGUGCAGACGUACAAGGGAGAGCAGUACGUGACCUACUGGACGGGCAUGAAGGGAGGGACCAUGGGGAGCGGCGUUUAUCACAUGUUGGACUCUUCAUACGACGUCAAACACACCGUCUCGGCGGUCGGCCUUGGAGGCGACCUCCACGAGUUUCUCAUCACCAAAGACGACACCGCGCUGCUGACCUUCUACAACGUCACGCCCGCCGACCUGUCGUCGCUCGGCAAGACCAAGACCGGCUGGCUGAUCGACAGCGGAUUCCAAGAAGUCGACAUCGCCACGGGCGAGCUGCUCUUCGAAUGGCGAGCCUCGGAGCAUUUCCAGGUCAACGAGACCUUCAUGACCCACCCGUUUGGCGGCUACUUCAAGAGCAUCCCCUUCGACUUCUUCCACAUCAACAGCGUGGACAAGGACUCCAAGGGCAACUAUCUCAUUUCCUCGCGCCACACCCAUUCCGUCAGCUGCGUAAGCCCCGACGGCCAGAUGUUGUGGAUCCUCGGCGGCCAACGGAAUCAGUUUCAAGACCUCUCCGGGGGCGAGGCCCUGACCUUCCGCUGGCAGCACGAUGCCCGCUGGAUGGAUGAGGAAGCCGGCAUCAUCACCCUUUUCGACAACAAGGAAGGAGGUCCGCUGCACAUCGAUGGGCCGUACAGCCGCGGGAUGAUGCUCCAGCUGGACGUGCCCAACCGGACGGUCACGUUUCUGCACUCAUACAUCUCGUUACACCACACUCGCACGCCUUCACAGGGCUCGACCCAAUAUCUGCCUGCGAGUCGGCACGUGUUCGUUGGAUUCGGCCACUCUCCAGUUUUGAGCGAGUUCACUCUGAACGGGACGUUGCUGUGCGAGACGCACUACGGAGCGCCGUGGCUGCACGUCUUCAACACGGCCGUAUCAUAUCGAGCUUUCAAAUCCGCCAACUGGGUGGGGAGGCCUCGUGAGCCUCCCAUUGCAAAGAUUCUAGACGACACCCUCUAUGUGAGCUGGAAUGGGGCCACAGAGGUGGCCGCGUGGGUGCUGCAGGGCGCGAGCGAGCAUGAUGAAGGCUUCGUUGAUUUAGACGUGGUGGACAAGGAGUCUUAUGAGGAGACCUUCGAGCUGGAACAGCUGUCGCAGUACUCUUGGUUCCGUGUAGCAGCAUUGGACCGAAAUGGGCAGGUACUGAGGUCCACAGAUGUGAUCCAACGAGAGUCUUCGAGCAGUUGGUGGACCUUUCUGCUGGCGGUCUUCUGCUGGGGAGUGCUCUUCAGAGCCGCUUGGGUGGCUUAUAAAUGGUCAUCCGAACGGGCCCAUACCAGCAAGAAGGGCGUUUCUUGGGUUGUCUGGAGGAAGUCUUGA